AUGCAUAAUGUCUUGGACAUUGAAGAGACAUUCUCUUCAAAGUUGACAUUGUCAAAUGACGGAAAUGGCAACAACGAUGAUAUACAACAACAACAACAACAACCAUCAUCAACAUCAACAUGUAUUAAUAACAACAACAUCAACAAUAAUAAUAAUAAUAAUAAUAAUAAUACAAUUAUAUAUGAUAAUAGCGAUAAGAUGAGUGUUGCAGACUUGAAGAGACAAUUGAACAAACAGUUGUCGGAACAAUUGAUGAUGACGACACCAAAGCAGAAGCCAGCACCAGCACCACGAGUACAGAUAUCACCAUCAUUCCAAUCGUCGGCCGAUGACUCGGCUCAGGUCACCAUCCUGCCGCCAUCCCCGCCACUCACAUCAACAAGCCAUCAUCAUAAUGUUGCUGGUAACGCCAAUCAAUCUCCUCCAACACAAUCACAACAACAACAGAUAUAUGUACAACAAGUAGAUCAUCAAUAUCAACAACAACAAGUACAAUAUUCAGCGUCUUCUCCACAAUAUCCAUCAAGUCCGGCGACGUCAAAGAAGCCAUCGGCCAAUCUUGUGCCAUUCAAACAUAAGCCAUUGCCACUGCCUGGUAGCCCAGACUCAUCUCCCGUCCACUCACCUCCAGUUCCCCGAGCCAGACCACCACCACCCGGACGACCACACCUUCAGCAACAGCAACAGCAGCAGCAACAGCAUCAACAACAACAACAACAAUAUGAUGAUAUUAAUGAUCAAUUGAUCAUUCCAAGGCUUGACCUAUACACAAGCCUGGCAGGCAGCACUGAGGAAAUGAUGAAGGCAGUAUCAAACAACAAUAACAAUGAGAGCAGUGACAGUGACGAGGAGUUGACACAAGAGGCAUCCAAUCGACUUGAGGAAGUCUCCAACCGAACAAAGGACUCACCUCGUCUGGUGUUUGAGUCCAAGUCAAUCCCAAGCGAGAUCACUAUCCGCAUGCUGUUCUCGUCCAGUCCCGGACUGAGUAUGUCGACGCCCAAUGUCACAUCGCUCACCAACAGUCCGAUGAUGUUGUCAUCCACACCGACAAAGCAACAGCAGCACCAGCAGAGGACUGUAGACGAUCAUAAGGAUACAAAGCGAAAGGAUGCCACGCCCAUCAACAAGUGGAAGUCCACACCCAAUAUGGCGUCGCUGACGCCGCCCUCGUCGCCACUGUCUCCGUCAUCUCCGCCACUCACACCCAACGCGCACUGCCACCAGGCCGAGAAGCACUUCAAGCUGUCACCAUGCUCGACCGUCGACGAAGUUCUGUCCAUCGCCAUCCCCAACCUCAUCCACCAUCGCGGCCUACACAACGCAAGAUACACCAGCAACGAAGAAUGGGAGACAGACAUAAACCUGGGCGACUUUGAAGAGACAGUCAACAGCAGCAUCGAUAACAAACAACAACAGGGACAACAACAGCAACAGGGACAACAGCAGUCAAGUACACAUUAUAGUUAUGCACUCUUCCGUCAGGUCGACCCGCUGACGCCUCUGCACAAGGAGCGCACACUGCUCGAGCUAGCGGUCAGGGAGUUCGAGCCACUCGAGCUAAAGACGGUGAUACUGAACGUGAUCUUUGUUAAGAUACACAUUCCGGGCUUCUCCGAGGGCCAGCUGCCCGCGCAGGCCAUGCUCAAGCUGACGCAGUUCACGUCGAUUCGCUCGAUCAUUCGCAAGCUGUGUCUCAAGUUCCACACAUCGGUCGACAUCUCCCAGUACGGCAUCUUCCUCGUCAACCAGAGCCACAACACCGAGAUCAUGCUGGACGAGGACGAGCUGUUCUCCACGUAUCACAUCUCGUCCCAGUCACAUCUCAUCUUCCGCAGUCUGUCGCAGCUGACCGACACCACCAUCAUCCAGUCCAAGUCUCUGCAGGUCAAGAUCCUGAUCACAACACACAGCUCCCGCUUCAACUGUCUCACGCUCAGCUUCGACCCCAGCACCACCGUCUCCAAGGCCAUCAAGAUCACUGGUCUGCGCACAGGUCUCCUGGACAGCCUUAACAAAUGCGGCUUCUUCCUCACUCCAAGCGAUGACGAUGAUGAUGGAUUCUGGCUGGACGAGGACAUGACCCUUGAGUCUUAUCACCUUAAGAACAAUACAACUGUUGAGUUUAAGCAACGAUGCAGGAAGUAUGUAGUGUCGAUCAAGUCAAGGGACGUGAAGUGUACAUUUAAAUUCGAUCAGUAUGUGACGGUGGCCUCGUUGUUCCGCAUGAUUGUGCACAAUGAGAACAUUGCCAACGAUAAGAACUUCUGCCUGGCGUUCAGAGACAAUGGCGCCGUGCUCGAUCAGAACCGCUCGUUGUGGUCCUACGAUAAUGAGAAGGAGAUCGAGUUCAAGGAGCACCCCAACCGCCUGUACGUGUUUGGCAAGGAUGGCGAGCAGAGCCUGGUCUAUGUCGACUUUAACGACCCGGUCGAGGAUGUCUGUCGCAAGCUAUCGAUCAACAUGGGUAUGCCACCCACACGUUCUCGCGCCUACACCCUCAAGAAGCUGGGCGAGGCUGAGAACGACAUCAACGCCAAGAUGACCCUGAAGCAGGUCGGCCUGCAGCCCAACGACAGAGUGAUGUUGGAGAUCCAACCAAAGGCUAAACCAGCCGCGACAUCAACACCCAUAGGCGACACCACGACUACAACAACGACAACGACGACAGCAACUACAGCAACAACGACAACAACGACGACACAGGAUAAUGAUCAAUCUGCUGGAGCCGAUCCAGUUGAUGAUGAGGAGGUGAUUGCACGCGAUGGAUCGUCAUCGUCAUCAUCGUCGUCGCAUUCGUCACUGACACUGGUGGUGCCAGACUCGGAGCAGCUGGACCAACGCACGAUCUCAAACAUCUGGGAGGAGCCGGCCGACUCGCCACUCAACAUCAUCUACGCCAAGACUGCGCCAACGCCCGACAACCCGUACCCAGCGAUCGAGGCGGGCACACUCAACAAGCUGAUCAUCCGUUUGACGUCAGAGAACACGCACGACCUCAUGUUCAUGAAGGCGCUGCUCAUGACCUACUCCUCGUACACGACGCCACUCGUUCUGCUCGAGAAGCUCAUCGAGCGUUUCAACGUGCCGACCAACGUCGACAUUGAUGAGCGUGAGAAGAUGUCCAUCCAGCUGCGUGUGGCCAACGUCAUCAAGUACUGGGUGGAGCAUCACUACGAGGACUUUGGACACAGCACUACGAACAAGGUCGUGGAGUUUGUCGACAACCUGAUACCGGUCACGGGUACCAAGUUCCGCGAUGCCAUCCUGAAGCGCACGUGCAUGAUCAAGGGUGAGAUGUCACGGACCAGGAGCAACGGAACGUUCACAUCGCCACGCCCCUCUGUCAACUUGUCUAGCUCGCUCGAGCUGCCGUCGUCGCCCGUGCCUGUGAUGGCUAUCAAGUCCAACAACAAGAGGGGCAAGGACGCCGCUGGCAACUCCCUCUCUUCAUCACCUCGCAAACGUCCAGAGUCGCGCAUGAAGGGCAUCAAGAACCCGAGCACUAUAUUCGACUUUGAUGACGAGGAGAUUGCCCGCCAGCUGACGCUCUACGACUUCAACAUCUACUCAUCGAUCAAACAGACCGAGUUCCUGAACCAGGCGUGGAACAAGCCGGCUGUGGCCGCCAAGAAGUCGCCACGCGUUCUCGAGAUGAUCAAUCGAUUCAACGAGGUCGGACUCUGGGUCACCAAGCUGAUUCUGGAGCCGGAUCGCGUAAAGACGCGUGCCAAGCGCAUGGAGCGUGUCAUCAAGAUUGCCGAGAAACUCAGGGAGAUGAAGAACUACAACACUCUGAUGGCAUUCCUUGGAGGCUUGAACAACUCUGCCAUCCUGAGGCUCAAGUAUACCAAAGCAAUUGUUGGAAGGAAGUACUUGGAGGCACUGGAAGACUUGGAAAAGGAAAUGAGUUGCGAAUCAUCCUACAAGACAUACAGAGAGUUACUGCAUAACACUGAUCCACCUUGUGUCCCCUACAUUGGAGUAUACUUGACAGAUCUUACAUUUAUAGAGGAGGGCAAUCCCAAUAUCAUUGGCAAUAACUUGAUCAACUUUUCAAAGUAUACAUUGAUGUAUAAGGUGAUAUCAGAGGUUCAACAAUAUCAAUGGUCCGAGUACAAUCUGCAUCCAGUCAAUAUCAUCCAGUCGUUCAUCAGCAAUCUGCAGCCACCCAACGUGGAGGCACUGUAUCAACUAUCACUUCUCAAGGAGCCACGCAAUGCACUAAAGUCCGAUAUCUAUUGA